AUGUUUAGCUAUUGUGAAGGAUACAGAGUGGAGGGUGUCACUGAUGCCACAGAUCCACAGUGGAAGCAAUCAUCCUCGAGCAGUGGAGGAAGGAAGCAAGUUGGCAAUGAGGCCAAGGUCGUCAUCAAUCCGUCUAUAUUUAGACAAGUGUUCUAUGGUGACAAGUACAAGACAUUCGUCAGCUACUACUCUCCAUUGGGACCCGUUGCCAUCACAAUCAAACUCGACGACGAAAUUUACAAAUGUCUGGUCUACACCGAGAAGGGUGUGGAGCUGAUCGAAGUGCCCAAAUGGAGCGUCUACCGCAGCUUCUGGCGAUGGGUGUCCAACAAGGAUCCAUCAUUCUACCACAUCAUGUGCCAGAUCAAGCCCGAACUACGCGACUUCAAAUUGCCAAUGCUACGUAUUCCCAACCUAGAAGAUGAGUUGAUGAAGAUCUAUGAGCCAAGUUUCUCCAAGGUGAUGAAGGUUGGUGUAUUGUAUUGUAAGGAGGGACAGACAACCGAGUCAGAGAUGUUAUUCAAUAACUCCAACAACACUAGUGUUGCAUACAAUGAGUUCCUUAACUUGUUGGGAGAUAAGGUGGAACUUAAAGGAUUCCAAGGAUAUAAUGGAGGUUUAGAUACUGUUCAUGGCCAUUCUGGAAGCCAUUCAAUAUAUACCAGAUAUGGAGAUGUUGAAAUCAUGUUCCAUGUAUCCACCAUGCUACCAUUCUAUCCAAAGGAUCCCAAACAAAUUGAGAGGAAGAAGCAUCUUGGCAAUGACAGGAUUGUCAUUGUUUUCUCGGAUGCAGGUGCCUAUGCACCAAACAGUAUCAAGUCCAAACAAACCCAGUCUGUAUUCUUGGUCCAACCACAUCGUGACUCGACAUCAAAGUUCAUCGAGAACACCAUUCGUAGGAAUGCUGUCGAUCAGAAUGAGUUGGAGAAAUGCCAAGAGAAAUACAAGGAUGAGUUCAACGCCAAGCAAUACUCAAUGUCCAUUGCCACCAAGGAGGACGUUCCUCAAUUCGAUCCACCCAUUCCCGAUCCACCCAUAUUCAACAGAGACAACAGAUUCAGAGAGUUCAUUCUUGAGAAGUUGAUCAAUGGAUCAGCAUCACUAAGACAAGCACCUGUGUUCCAAACCAAGACACAGAGGGAGAAGAACUUUGUCUUCUUAAACUUUGUAAACAAGUAUUCCAAAUAA